AUGAAUUCCUGGGCCAUGCGGCCCCGGAGUCGGCGAGGGAGACAUCCUCCACCCGGUGAAUUGGACCCUGUGGCUGAAAGUUCAGAGGAGGUGGAGGUGGCCACUGGGAACCCCGAGUUGGACCCUACACUACUGCAGGAGAGCCACGGCGAGUCAGAUCUGCUGAGUCCUGUGGUAGAGGAUGAUGGGCAGGACAUGGAGGGCAGAACAGACAAGGAACUUGAUGGAGAUUCUGGGGAACUGGCACCAGCCCUCGAGGGCCCCCAAGAGCCUGCAGAGGAAGCUCACCUGGCCCCAGAGGCAGCCCCAUUGGGUGAGGAGAUUGUUUCCCCAGGGCCUGGGGUCCCCGACGUGUUCCAGACCCUCCAACACGCUUUGAGUUCCCUGGAGGCGGCGGCUGCUGCGUGGCGCCAGCAGCACCCUAGCUGUCCUGGGACGGUGGAGGCAGAGAGCACAAGUGAGGGGGCAGCAGGGCCCCUCGGGGGGCAGGAGGGAGCCGGGGGCUGCCAGCGGGAGGUGGCCCGCCUCACGGAGAGGAACGCCUGGCUGCAGCUGGCCCUGGAAAGCCGCCAGGAUGAGCUGGCUCGCAUGCAGACCUCUCUCCAGGCCAUCCGGGCUGAGAAGGAGAUGCUGCAGAGAGAGGUCCAGGAGUUACAGGAUUCCCUGCUGAGAUUCAAGCCCUUCCCGCCUCCCUCCCACAGUCAAGCAGGCAGUUCAGGCAGUGGUUCCAGCAGCCCUGGGGCAGAUAGGGAGACCUGGGGGACUCAGGACCCCUUCCCCUCGGCUCACCCCCUGAUCCGGCGCCUCCAGAGCAAUUCUAGCACCCAGAACCUUGGACCUCUCCCCACCCAGCCCCUUGCCCCAGAGAUGCACAUCAUGGAAGCCCAGAGUGACCAGCUCCGGGGAAGCAUCGAAAAGCUCAAAUGCUUUAACCGUCUACUGUCAGCUGUGCUCCAGGGGUACAAGGGCCGGUGCGAGGGGCUCAGCAUGCAGCUGGGCCAGCGGGAGGCUGAGGCCACAGCAUUGCACUUGGCCUUGCAGUACAGUGAGCACUGUGAGGAGGCAUAUGGGGCCCUGCUUGCUCUGAGGAAGGCCGACUCGGGAACAGGGGAAGGAGCCUUGGUGGGUGAUCUUCAGGCUGCUGAGAAGGAAGCAUGGAGGCUGCUGGCCCAAGAAGAGGCUGCCAUAGAUGGAGGAGCACCACAAGGUGCCCAGCCAAGCCCUGAGGGCAGUAGUGUGGACAGGCCCACACUACAGGAAGUGGCUACUCAGCUCCAAGGCUACAUCCAGCGUCUCCAGGAGCACCGUGCUCUGGUGAAGAUUCCUCCAGAGCCUGGUCCCACCCUGGCACCCAUGCCCAAUGUGCCCCAGGCAGAAGCCAUGCUGCAGGCCAUGCUAGAGACCGAGCCUGGCCCAGCUCUGCCCCGGCUGGAGAAGAUGCAGAUCCAGCAGGACCUAGUGGCCACACGGGAGACCCUGGCAAACCUGACCUUACGGCUGCAGCUAGCACGGAGGGAGAAGCGGAGCCUGGAGCUGCGGGAGGCUGCCCUUCGAGCCCUGGGCCCUGCCCACCUGCUCCUGCUGGAGCAGCUGCGGUGGGAGCGGGCCCAGCUCCAGGCUAGCGGUGAGGGCAGCAGUGGUGGAGACAGCAGUGGAGGCGGGAGCAGCGGGGAUGAGACGGAACGGCCCCAGGGCCCUCCUGCUGUCCCCGGUGGCACGGAUGGAGGCCAGGUGGGCAGAGUACGGGACCCAGAGGAGCUAUCCCAGGAGCUGGAGUUGUCACUAACCCGGACCCUGGACCUACAGGGGCAGCUGCGGAGCCUUUGGGAAGAGCUGGAACAGGUGGCUCAUAAGGCUCGAACCAGACGCGCUCAGAGUGCCAAGCUGAACAGCGACUUAUGCAAAGCUCACAGUGCCCUGGUCUUGGCCUUCCGAGGAGCGCACAGGAAGCAGGAGGAGCAGCAGCACAAACUGGAGCAGCAGGUGGCACUGACGGAGGCCCGACAGGCAGAGGAGCUGGCCGUGCUGGAAGCCACCGUGAGGGCUUUAGUGAAGCAUCGGCCACCCUGCCCACCACCCCGGCCAGGGGAGACCCUUCUGUAG